AUGAUUCUCACGGAAAGGAAGAAAAAGCUCGAAAUUGGCAUCUACCAAAAAGAGGUCCAUGAACAACUGCAAGAGGCAUAUGAACAGGACAAAUUUGCAAAGUACGUGAAUGAAGAAAAGUUCGAUACCUUUAUAUGUGAAGGGAAAAAAAACAAUGGAGGUUGCGUAGUAGUGGUGGAAGAGAAUCAUGUGAAGCACUGGAGGGAUGAGAAGACCAACUCCGGAGUUGUAUACAAAGGUACGGACGCGGUCAUGUCGUUUAGAAGAUUUGCAGGAAAGGAGAUCCACCUUCAUCAGGAAGACACUAAGCAAUCCAUUUCGGGGAUGGACAAACUAAAACGGAUAGGGGUAAAGGGGCGAAGCAAGAAUGGAAAUGAUGGCGACACUCUUUUGGGAUUGCCCUCAGGGCAUGAUGUUGGGAGGGAUGUCUUCGAAAGAGUCGAUCAGAUACGGCACGCCGUUGCAGAGGUAAGGCGCACCAUUAGGAACAAAAUUGACCUCAGCAAUAGUAAUAAAAAUGUUUGCUCCUCUGGUGAUGAUAUGACCGAAUUGUAUUUAAGCUUUGCUCAGCUCCGUGACAAUUUUGACGAACUAACAACCAUAAAACGGUGCGUUACCUCCCGGGGGCAGGAGGAAAACGGGCAGGUAAAAGGAAGCAAUUACAUCCUUCUAGAUUGUAAACUGGACGGAAGAGGAGGAGAAGAAGGGAACCAUGAAAACUACGUCUCCCUUAGGCAGACACACAUAUACAGGAUGUUACAGGAGUUGCAAGCCAAAGUGGAGCAGUACGAAUGGCUGCUAACAGAAGGGUGUUCACAUGAGGAGGGCCGUACAGACCAAGAGCAAAGCGUAGGUCACACUUUGCUGUCCAUAGCUAUGUUCCUAAACCUAUGCAUGAAUGAAAAUAUUGGGAAGAGAAUUUUAAAUUAUAUUUAUUUACAAAAGAUAGAAAUAAAGAAAUGCAAACAGUACUUGGUAGGUUUGAACAAGGGGAACUCGCUGAACAUAUUUUGUUCCCAUGUUGAAUCUGUCACCAAGGGAGUCCCUCGCGAAGAAGACCCCGCCACCUUUGUGGAUAAGGUCUUCCGGAUUAAUCUGACUGAACACAACGAACAGGUGUUGACUCUGUACAAGCGGCUGCUACACAGCGAGCUGGGAGUCGACUUGAUGUUGCGCGAGAUGGAAAAAGUGAAUAGUACUGUUGGGAGGAUAUUUCAACAUUUGGACUCCAUUAGGCACGAUUAG